CCUGUCCCUGCAGCAGGUGAAGGAGAAAAAUGUCUCUGAGUGCUGCUGAGCGCGCGUAUCGGGGGCACCGGGCUCAGCAUCGACCUGCAGGUGCUCAAGGUCCACAGCUGGGACUUUUCGCAAUACUGGGAUUCAGUCAGACUGGAAGCAGCUUCCCUCCAGCCUGCUGCAGCGCCUGCAACAGCUCUUCUGAGACCACAUGGCCACCUCCGGAAAAGUCAUCAGAUGCAGAGCUGCUGUUGCCUGGGCACCGGGCAAACCACUCUCUGUUGAGGAGGUGGAGGUUGCACCUCCGAAGGCCCGAGAAGUUCGUGUCAAGAUUGUGGCCACUGCGAUCUGCCGCACAGAUGACCAUGUUUUACAAGGCCACUUUCCUAACGUAGAAUUCCCAGUUAUCCCAGGCCACGAAGGAGCUGGGAUUGUGGAGAGCACUGGAGAAGGAGUGACCUCUGUGAAACCAGGAGACAAAGUCAUCCCCCUUUGCCUUCCUCAGUGUGGGGAAUGCUGCUUCUGCUUGAAUCCUGACUCCAACUACUGCACAAAGUCUCACUUCUACGAAUCACAGACUCUGAUGCUGGACAAGACCAGCAGGUUUACUUGCAAAGGGAAACAGGUUCACCAUUUCCUGUGGAUCAGCACCUUUGCAGAAUACACCGUUAUGCCGGAGUACGCCGUUGCCAAAAUUGAUGCUGCUGCACCUCUGGACAAAGUCUGCCUGUUGGGCUGUGGUUUUCCCACAGGGUAUGGGGCUGCCAUCAAUACCGCCAAGGUAAAACCAGGCUCCACCUGUGCGGUCUUUGGCCUCGGAGGAGUUGGCCUCUCCGUUGUCAUGGGCUGCAAGGCGGCUGGAGCUUCCCGCAUCAUCGCCGUUGACAUCAACAAGGACAAGUUUGCCAAGGCCAAAGAGCUGGGAGCCACCGACUGCGUCAACCCUAAAGACUUCACGAAGCCCAUUCAGGAGGUGCUCACUGAGAUGACUGGCUGUGGCGUGGACUACUCCUUCGAGGCCAUUGGGCACAAAGAUACCCUGAUUGCUGCCCUAGCCUCCUGCAAUAUAAGCACGGGCGUCUGCGUGAUGGCUGGGGAAGUGGCUUCUGGAUCAGUGAUUCCCUUUGACCCUCUGCUUCUGCUAUGUGGGCGCACGUGGAGAGGGACUGUGGUCGGAGGUUGGAAGAUGAGGGAUUCUGUUCCCAAAUUAGUUUCUGGCUAUUUAGAAAAGAAAUUUAACUCGGACUUGCUGAUCACACACACACUGCCGAUUGCUGAAGUGAACAAAGGAUUUGAAUUGUUACGAGCAGGAAAAAGUAUUCGCAGUGUCCUACUGUUUUGAAAGACAAAGCCGAGGAAGCAGGGCAAGGAAGUACUUGCUGACGACAGUGCCACUGCCAGCAUGCCCAUGCCUGGCUGAAACCUGAAACACCACUUCUCCUAGGAGAACACUUCUCUAAAUAAAGGGCUUCUUUUCAACUCAU